AUGGGUGGCCAGCGCAGCGAGCGCGAGACCGAGACCGAGACCGAGGUGGACGGCGAGAUGCGCUCCAGCGCCGCAAGAAAGCAGCGCACCGGGCCGGCCCAGCCCAAGAACGCCGUGUCGGCACUCAACGAGCUCAAGCCCGGCCUGCAGUACAAAGUGAUCCAGCAGGAGGGGCCCACACACGCGCCAACCUUCACUGUUCAGAUCGAGGUGAACGGCGAGGAGUACGUGGGCACUGGCCGCUCCAAACAGGCCAAACAGACGGCGGCCGAGGCGGCGCUGCGCUCCUUCAUCCAGUUCAAGAACAUGACGGACUUCCAGCUGGCCAUCAACCCGGCGCCGGUGACGUCCGACUUUACGGCCGACGUCGGCGUGUCCGGCCACGACUUCGUCUUCAACAAGACGGCCGGCGACGCCGACGCCGCCGCGGAGAACCCCGUCCAGCUGCUGAACGAGCUGCGGCCCGGCCUCAAGUACGAGCUGGAGGAGGAAAGCGGCGAGCCGCACGCCAAGAAGUUCAGCAUGAGCGUGCACGUGGACGGCGAGAAGUUUGACCGGCGUCGGUGAGGCCCCAGCAAACGACUCGGCAAAGCGGCCGCCGCCAAAGCGGCGCUCAGCAAGCUGUACAACUACUCGUUCAUCAACUACGCGUCAGUGGGCGGCUCGGACUCGCCGUACGGCUCCACGUCCGACCUCAGCGAACAGCUGAGCUUCCCGCAGACGGUGGCCGACCACAUAUCCAAGGUUGUCAACCAGCAGUUCCAGACAUUGAUGGAGAGCCAGCAGUCGCACAGCCGGCGCAAAGUGCUGGCCGGCCUGGUGAUGACCACCGGGCCGCAGAUGUCCGAGGUCAAGGUCAUCUCUGUCUCCACCGGCACCAAGUGCAUCAACGGCGAGCACAUGAGCGUGGAGGGCAACAGCCUGAACGACUGCCACGCCGAGGUGAUCACGCGGCGCUGCCUGCUGGACUACUGUACGGGCCAGCUGGAGCUGCUGCUGGCGCCAGAGACAGAGAGCGACAGCAUAUUCGAGCCGAGGCCAGAGGGUCGCGGCUACCGCCUCAAGGAGAACGUCCAGUUUCACCUGUACAUCAACACGGCGCCGUGCGGCGACGCCAGGAUCUUCUCUCCGCACGAGGCGCAGACGCGGACCGAGUCGUCCGACAAACACCCGAACCGGAAGGCGCGGGGGCAGCUGCGCACCAAGAUCGAGUCCGGGGAGGGCACCAUUCCGGUCAAGUCGAGUGACGGCAUUCAGACCUGGGACGGGGUGCUUCAGGGACAGCGACUGCUCACCAUGUCCUGCAGCGAUAAGAUAGCCCGCUGGAACGUGGUGGGGGUGCAGGGCUCACUGCUCGCCCAUUUCAUCGAGCCCAUCUACCUGGCUAGCGUGGUGCUGGGCAGUCUGUUCCACCCGUCACACCUGGUGCGCGCCAUCGGCGGUAGGAUCGGCCCGACGGCGCAGGGCCUGCCGCCGCCCUACCGGCUGCACACCCCCCUGCUGGCCGCCACCAGCUCGCCAGAGGUGCGGCAGCCCGGCAAGGCGCCCAACUACAGCAUCAACUGGACCUGCGGUACGUAG